UUUCACCACCACCUCCAGCACUGACGUAAACCUGAUAGGACGCAGCAGCAGGGCGCAGAGACACUGAGACGAAACAACAGGAGAAAAAUCCCACACACAUGCACACGGGCGAAAGAGAUGUACAAUGCGUGUGGGGCAGCUUCAGGUCGACGUGGAUCUAUCCAAGCAACCGUGCGAAGACAUUUCUUCUGAAAUGCCAUGAAACAGUUGCUGGAGAUUUAGAUACAUUCUGCUGCAGACUGCCGCAUUGGCUGGGUGAUGAUAGGAAUCGUAUUCUGCAAUGUGAUGGCUGGUAUAUUGAUCUGAGGUGCAUAUAUCUCCUCAAUGCGCGCUAGUCAGUCGGAUCUCUCAGCGCUGGGUUACAACGACUGUUGUCGAUCCUCUACAUUUUUCAUGUAGGUAUUUCGACCGUGUUACUGAAUUCGCACGAUUCUGGAGGAGGAAAGAUCAACAGCGAGGAUGAUGAUCGGAAGCUAAAAGGCAGGUUGGUGAGCCUGUUCGCCGCACGGAUUUUGCACAGACAUACCCUGCACAUAUUACAAAGGCAGCGGGAGAACAAUGACUCAUUUACAGGCAGGGCUUUCGCCAGAAACUCUGGAGAAAGCUAAACUCGAGCUGAAUGAGAAUCCGGACACCUUACAUCAAGACAUCCAGGAAGUGCGAGAUAUGAUUAUCACCCGACCAGACAUCGGUUUCCUUCGGACUGAUGAUGCUUUCAUCUUAAAGUUUCUCCGAGCCCGAAAGUUCAACCAUUUCGAGGCGUUCCGUCUCCUGGCUCAAUAUUUCGAGUAUCGUCAGCAGAACCUGGACAUGUUCAAGAACUUCAAAGCCACCGACCCAGGGAUCAAACAGGCGCUGAAAGAUGGUUUCCCCGGUGUGCUUUCUAACCUGGAUCAUUAUGGCAGGAAAAUCUUGGUCCUCUUCGCUUCCAACUGGGACCAGAGCAGGUAUACAUUAAUAGAUAUUUUGCGUGCCAUCCUGCUAUCAUUGGAAGCAAUGAUUGAAGACCCAGAACUGCAAGUGAAUGGAUUUAUUUUGAUAAUAGACUGGAGCAACUUUACUUUCAAGCAAGCCUCUAAAUUAACACCGAGUAUGCUCCGAUUAGCCAUUGAGGGAUUACAGGACAGCUUUCCCUCUCGUUUUGGAGGAAUUCAUUUUGUCAAUCAGCCUUGGUAUAUUCAUGCUCUUUAUACUGUCAUUAGGCCCUUCCUGAAAGAGAAGACCAGAAAAAGGAUAUUUAUGCAUGGAAAUAAUCUGAACAGUCUUCAUCAGCUCAUUCAUCCCGAAAUACUGCCUUCAGAAUUUGGAGGAAUGCUGCCACCUUAUGAUAUGGGAACAUGGGCAAGAACUCUGCUGGAACACGAAUAUGAUGAUGACAAUGAAUAUGUUAGUGAUUGCUACAAUAUGUCUUUCAAGGAUGUAGAAAAGACCAUGUCUCCAAAAUCUAUGAAAAGAUCCCAGUCGGUGGUUGAAGCUGGAGUUCUGAAACACAUAGACAAAGAUGAUGAAAAUACCCAGCCUUUGCUUUCCCUGGAUUAGUAUCUUCCAAGCCACAGAGUAAUUAAGAGAGAAUAAAGCACUUCUUCGAGAGGGGAUCUGCACUUAACACAGAGGAUACUGUAUAAACUACAGUGGUAACGUGUCACUUGGUAUGGACAUUGCAAACUAGAAGUAGGCUGUAAUAUUUGCAGAUGCAUCCUCGCCUGCCUGUUUGAAUGGUAGCUGUUGGUAAAUGAUGUCUUUAUUCAACAAGUGGAAGUGCCAACUUUAUUGUAAAUACAUUUUCUUAUCAUCAUUGGAAAGUAUUCAAAAUCCAUUCAGCAGAAUUCAGUAUAAAAUAACUGGAAAUAUUUUCUGAGCCAAGUUUACCAGUUGCACAGCCUGCACCAAGUGCUGUCUGGUUAAUCUUUUACUUUCACCGACCGCCUUUUCCUUCAAAAAAGGUAAUAUUUUGGUUGGAGAAAAGUAGCUUUGUCCCAAGUUUAGGGUUCAGUAUUUCUUGUCAGUUUGAUUGUUUAUGUAGUAAUACUAUAAGAAUAAUACUUGCAUCUGUAUUGCGCUUUAUCGCAAUGACACACCUCAGAACACUCCAUUAAAAACAUUUCUAUCCAUCACACAAUGCAUUAAAAAACAUAUUCUAUGGUAAAUAUGAGCAAGGGGGGAAAUCCAAGCUGAAAACUCUUAUUCUGAAAUGUUCACUUUGGAUAUUUCCGUUGCAGAGUUUUCAGAAUAGAUUCUCACCUUUUCCAAUUUUCACAGAGAAUUACAGAGAAUUUUGCAACACAAAGAUA